AUGCCUCAUCAAGCCAAAAACGAAGCGGGCACCCAGCUCAGCCUGACAGCGGACCACUGCUCGAACCAACCGCCUAGCCUCGACCAAAGCCAUUCUGCCGGCAGAAAGGCAAAAGUCAUUGGCAUUUACGGAAUUCCUGGAUCUGGGAAGACGCUCCUGCUGAACCAGCUGAAGCAGGAAAUGAGCGAUGAGAACCUCUCAUUUUUUGAAGGGUCUGAGGUCAUCGCGUCAUUUGUUCCGGGCGGUCUGGAAGCUUUUCAGAAAUUGGACGAAGAACACAAAACACAUUUUCGGCAGCUUGCUGCUGAGAGUAUCAGGAAAGAAUGCACCAUCAGUGGGAAGUCUGCAGUCGUCACGGGACACCUCAUGUUCUGGCCAGAAGAAGAAGAGAGCGGACAGAUGGUCUACACCUCGAACGACUUGGCCGUGUUCACACACAUACUCUAUUUGAACGUCCCUGCCGCGGUCAUUGAACAACGCCAUCGAGACGAUACGAAACGCUCUCGUCCAUCUGCAACGACAGCCCAUCUGUCCAAAUGGCAGGAGACGGAAAAGGAUCAACUACGCCUGCUCUGUCGCGACCACGGCAUUCUGUUCUCGGUUGUCACCCCUGGUCCGUCUUUGCUAGCUAAAGUUUCCGUCCUGCUACGAGAUUUCUAUGUCCACACUGAAACGUACAACCUAUCUUGCGCUGAGAGCAGGUUGGACGAGAUUCUUGCUCCUCACCGAGACCGAUGGGAGACGAUCUUGGUCAUAGACGCCGAUCGGACAUUGGCAGUGGAUGAUACUGGUGCAUUGUUCUGGACCCAAUUUCACGCGCCUCAGCAGUGGACUGACGAAGGCUCUCCGCUAAAAUCGCUUUUUAGCAGCCCACUGCGCUACUCAUACGAUGCCUUCCGACAGGCCACGUUGCUGUACGAAGAAGCCGCCGAUGACGAAGAGUAUGAAAGUCUCUGCUCAGAUGUAGCGGCAGAGGUCACCAUGUACCCAGAGUUCGUGUCUCUCUUGCAGCAGGCAGCACAGCAAGAGCAUAUCGGUGUCGUAGGUGUCAGUUGUGGGCUUCGUCGUGUAUGGGAUAAAGUACUGGAAAGAGAAGGACUAUCAAGAACAGUCAAGAUUGUUGCUGGAGGGCGGAUAGCGGACGGACUUGUGGUCACCGCAGCAGUCAAAGCUGCUCUAGUUUCCCGCUUGCAGGACCGCUACCAGAUGUAUGUUUGGGCGUUUGGAGACAGCCCCCUGGACUUGGAAAUGUUGAAGAAAGCAGAUCAGGCGGUCAUUGUGGUAGGCGACGACAGUGCCAGGAGCAAGAGCAUGGACGAUGUGUUAUCCGUUGCCAUCAACCAAGGCGAUCUUCAAGCCCGCCAAGUCUUGUUGCCCAGAAGCGUAUCGCCACGCCUUGACGCUUCAACACUCCCUGUGGCUCAGCUCACCAAGGAUGACCUCAUCAGCUCCAUCUUCCGCCGCCGCAAUCGAUCCAGUGGCUUCUCAAUCUUCCUUGCAACGGAAAAGAAUGCAGCGAAACUACUCGCGACACCUAUGCGCGACUCAGCUAUUGCCGGCCCUGCUCUGAGGAAAGCACAUCAUCGCGCUGGCGCGUAUCUGGCCAUCGAAUUCCUAACCAGUGUGAUCGGUGUCGAAGAGUGUCGCAUCUCGCAUGUCCUGGGGCACCCUACCACAGGUUACCAACUUCGGCAUGAACCACAGACGACAAUCGUAGCCGCCAUGCGAGCCGGAGAACCAAUGGCAAGUGGAGUUAACGAGGUAUUCCCGCUAGCCAUGUUUGUCCAUGCCAGCGGUCCAGAGAACAUCAAGAUCCACCACUUGCAAGGACAACUCCAGGUUUUGCUGGUGGAUUCGGUCAUCAAUAGCGGCAAGACAAUCCUUGAAUUCGUGCAAGCGAUUCGCAAGCUCGAUUCCCACAUUCGUAUCGUCGUUGUAGCCGGUGUAGUCCAGGCGCAAUGCACUUCUCCAAACAGCACAUUCUACAAGACGCUUGUCAAUCACGAUAAUGUCAGUCUUGUUGCGCUUCGACUUUCAGAUACGAAGUUCAUUGGCAGCGGCGGCACUGAUACUGGCAACCGUCUGUUCAACACAACACAUCUGCCAUGA